CUGGGUAUAAAGAGGGCCGCUGUGGCCUAUCGAUGGCAUUCAGUCGUCGGUUGCCUAGUUGAAAGCAACGUCUAUUGCAUUUUAAUUUAAGUUUUCUUUCUCUCCCCUCAUUUACACACACACACACGACUAUGAACUCCUUCUCAGUGCUCGUAGUGUUGGGCUUGGCUGCCCUGGCUGUGGCGGAACCACCAUCCGGUUACAACUAUCAACGUAAUGGAGGCGGUGGUGGUGGCGGUUUUGGAGGUGGCGGUUUCGGUGGUGGCGGUUUUGGCGGUGGUGGCUUUGGCGGUGGCGGCUUCGGUGGAGGCGGCGGUGGUGGCGGUUAUCGCCAAGUAGCCAUUGGACCCCAAACCUAUGAGGGCCAAAAUGUCGAUCCCCAGCUCUUGGAACAGGUCCGCCAAAUCCUCUUGCAGGAGGAAAGCAAAUCCGGUGGUCGUGGAGGUGGUGGUGGUGGCGGCGGCUUCGGUGGUGGUUAUCCCAGUGCUCCCUCGGGUUCAUAUGGUGCCCCAUCCAGCCAAUAUGGUGCUCCCUUCGGUGGUGGCGGCGGCGGUGGUGGCCGUGUUGUUGGCAUUGAUUUGGAAGGUGUCCGCCAAGCCAUCCAGGUGGCCCAAUAUUUGCAGACCAGCACCCAGGCUGGUGGUGGUGGUGGAUUUGGUGGCUACAGCGGCGGCGGUGGUGGCUACAGCAGCGGUGGUGGUGGUGGUUAUUCCAGACCCAGCGGUAGCUAUGGUGCUCCCUUCUAA